AUGACUCCAUAUUCCAGGAGUCAAGUCUUUGACACCAUCGGAUUCCAGAGGCAGCAUCAAGAGGAAGUAAUGGCUUCGGCAAAUAUUGAUGAAUGUCCCAUCGUGAACCACGAGUCGGAUAGUGAUGAAACAAAAUCGUCCAAGAACAAGUUAGAAGAGGUAGUAGAGAUGAUGAAGAGAAGAAGAAUAAACAUAAUGGGAAUCAGUGAAACAAAGUGGAAAGGUAGUGGAAGUAGAGAAGUGGGACAGGGAUACAGGAUUUGGUGGUCUGGAGGAGAAAUUGGAAGAAGAAAUGGAGUAGCUAUAGUCAUGGACAAAAAGAUGACAAGCAGAGUGAUGAAAGUGGAUGUGGUAAGUGAAAGAAUUAUUAAGGUUACGGUCAGAAUGGAGGGGGAGAUAAUGGACAUAAUACAGGUAUACGCACCACAAACAGGAUGCACGGACGAUGAGAAGAGAGAGUUUGAAGAGGAUCUGGAAAGACAAGUAAAAGAAGAGAGAACAAUAAUAAUUGGGGAUUUUAACGCACAAGUGG